AUGGCCCUCUUUUCCCCCCUCUCCCUACUCUCUCAUCUUUUAUUUUUUCUGGCCAUUAUAUUUUCUUUUUUGCCUGAUGUUAAGGCAAUCUUCGCUUUUCUUCUUCUCCUUCUUCUUCUUCUUCUUCUUCUUCAACUGCUUCCUCUUGAUCUUAUUCUUCGUCUUCUGCUUCUUCUUCAUCCUCUUCCUCUUCGUCUUCUUCUUCGUCUUCUUCGUCGUCCUAUUCAUCUUCUACGUCUUCUUCUUCGUCUUCUUCUUUAUCUUUUUUCUUCUUCUUCUUCCUUUUCUUUUUCUUCUUCUUCUUCAUCUUUUUCUUCUUGUUCUAUAAAUAUCACUUGUUUCUUUGGACCUGUUUCUUCGUGUCUAUCACGAAAUGCCUGUCCCUGGGCGCUGGUCUCUGCGUGUUUAUCUCUGCUUGCCCGUCUCUACUUGUCUGCGUGCUUGUCUCUGUGUGCCUGUUUCUUUGGACGUGUUUAUCGAGUCUAUCACUAUAUGCCUGUCACAGGGCGCUGGUCUCUGCGUGUUUAUCUUUGCUUGCCUGUCUCUACUUGUCUGCGUGCUUGUCUCUGUGUGCCUGUUUCUUUGGACCUGUUUCUUCAUGUCUAUCACUAUAUGCCUGCUCCUGGGCGCUGGCCACUGCGUGUUUAUCUCUGCUUGCCCGUCUCUACUUGUCUGCGUGCUUGUCUCUGUGUGCCUGUUUCUUUGGACCUGUUUCUUCGUGUCUAUCACUAUAUGCCUGUACCUGGGCGCCGGUCUCUACGUGUUUAUUUCUGCUUGCCUAUCUCUACCUGUCUGCGUGUUUGUCUCAGUGUGCCUGUUUCUUUGGACCUAUUUCUUCGUGACUAUCACUAUAUGCCCGUCUCUGGGCGCUGGCCUCUGCGUGUUUAUCUCUGCUUGCCCGUCUUCUCUUGUCUGCGUGCUUGUCUCAGUGUGCCUGUUUCUUUGGACGUGUUUCUUCGUGUCUAUCCUGUACCUGGGCCUGCCCCGGGCGUUGGCCUACCUGUCUGCGUGUUUAUGUUUCUCUGUCUAUCACUUGCCUGCCCCCCGUCUCUACUUGUCUGCGUGCUUGUCUCUGUGUGGCUAUUUCUUUGGACCUGUUUCUUCGUGUCUAUCACUAUAUGCCUGUACCUGGGCGCAGGUCUCUACGUGUUUAUUACUGCUUGCCUGUCUCUACCUGUCUGCGUGCUUGUCUCUAUGUGCCUGUUUCUUUGGACAUCGCCGGUCUCUGCGUGUUUAACUCUGCUUGCCCGUCUCUACUUGUCUGCGUGCUUGUCUCUGUGUGCCUGUUUUUUUGGACCUGUUUAUCGUGUCUAUCUCCAUAUGCCUGUCACUGGGCGCUGGUCUCUAUGUGUCUAUCUCUGCUUGCCCGUCUCUACUUGUCUGCGUGCUUGUCUCUGUGUGCCUCUUUCUUUGGACCUGUUUCUUCAUGUCCAUCACUAUAUGCCUGCCCCUGAGCGCCUGUCUCUGCGUGUUUAUCUCUGUUUGCCCGUCUCUACUUGUCUGCGUGCUUGUCUCUGUGUGCCUGUUUCUUUGGACCUGUUUCUUCAUGUCCAUCACUAUAUGCCUGCCCCUGAGCGCCUGUCUCUGCGUGUUUAUCUCUGUUUGCCCGUCUCUACUUGUCUGCGUGCUUUCUCUGUGUGCCUGUUUUUGGACCUGUUUAUCGUGUCUAUCUCCAUAUGCCUGUCACUGAGCGCUGGUCUCUGUGUUUAUCUCUGCUUGCCCGUCUCUACUUGUCUGUGUGCUUUUCUCUGUGUGCCUGUUUCUUUGGACCUGUUUCUUCAUGUCCAUCACUAUAUGCCUGCUCCUGGGCGCCGGUCUCUACGUGUUUAUCUCUGCUUGCCCGUCUCUACUUGUCUGCGUGCUUGUCUCUGUGUGCCUGUUUCUUUGGACCUGUUUCUUCAUGUCCAUCACUAUAUGCCUGCUCCUGGGCGCCGGUCUCUACGUGUUUAUCUCUGCUUGCCCGUCUCUACUUGUCUGCGUGCUUGUCUCUGUGUGCCUGUUUCUUUGGACCUGCUUGUUCGUGUCUAUCACUAUAUGCCUGCCUCUGGGCGUUGGCCUCUCCGUGUUUAUCUCUGCUUGCCCGUCUCUACUAGUCUGCGUGCUUGUCUCUGUGUGCCUGUUUCUUUGGACCUGUUUCUUCAUGUCCAUCACUAUAUGCCUGCCCCUGAGCGCUGGUCUCUGAAUCCCCGGUCUCUGCGUGUUUACUCUGCUUGCCCGUCUCUACUUGUCUGUUUCUUUGGACCUGUAUCUUCGUGUCCAUCACUAUAUGCCUGUCCCUGGGCGCUGUCCAUGUGUGCCUGUUUCUGCGUGUCUGUCUCUGUGUACGUGUCACUGUGUGCCAAUUUUAGCGUACCUAUCUCUUUGUCGCUGUACCUGUGGGCCUGUUUCUACGUUUCUCUCUUUGUGUACCUCUCUCUGUGUACCUGUCUUUGUGUACCUGUUUCUUUGUGUCUGUGUCUGCGUGUCUGUCUCCGUGUAUCUGUCCCUGUAUGUCCAUUUCUGCAUGCCUGUCUGUGUGUACCUGUCUUUAUGUACCUGUCUGCGCGUAUCUGUCGCUAUGCACCUCUCGCUCUGUACCUGUACCUGUUUAUCUGUCAUUUUGCACCUGUCCCUGUGUGCCGGUUUCUACAUGCCUGUCUCUGUGUGUCUGUCACUCUGUGUCUGUCUCUGUGUGUCUGUCUCUCUGUACCUGCUACGAUGUGUCUAUACAUGUGUAUCUGUCCCAGCGUGCUUGCCUCUAUGCACCCAUUUGCUCGGGGUCAUAAUCUUCUAAUUAAUCCAAAUGACACAAAAACUUUCAGGAAUUAA